UGUUGGAACCUGCUGUGUUGUGUUGAUGAGAACAAUGAAUGAAUUAAGAUAAAAAAUUGACAUUUUUGAUCAUCCAUGGUAACGCGUCAGCUUUUUAUUCUACGCAUGAAAUAAAACAGAUGAUCACGAAUGAUAUGCUUCAAAGUUAUAUCAAUUUAAAAUGAUUCUACACUGAUAAGUUAGUCAAAGUCAUAUUGUUUCUAUGAGGAGUUGAGGCCUAGCCAAGUCCAGCUGCCAAAGGAGAAAUCAUGGCUCAGGAUGUUAUUUAUUGUUUAUGUGGUCAAUCUUCAGACCUAUCACGGUUCAUGAUACAAUGCGACAUUUGCAAGGAUUGGUUUCACGGAAGAUGUGUGGGAGUGCGGGAGUACCAGGCUGUUGACAUCGACAGAUUUCACUGUCCAAGAUGUGAGCCGUACCACGGACCUUCUGUGUUGAAAGCAAGACUGAACUGGCAUCGGCACGACUACUCCGAGGCUGACGCAGCCAACAAAGCCGUCCAGACGGGCACUCAAGUCUUUAUAAAGGAGCUCAGAGGACGACACUUUCACAAUGGGGAGAAGGUGAUCACUCGGUUACAAGGCUCAGAUCUGACCCUGGGGUUCAUUGCUGGGGAGGAGGGCUGCGGAGGCUUGGAGAAAACUCCAUGUGCUGAUGGAGCAGAAGCUGCCGUGUCCUGCGGCAAUUUUAACCAGCCGAUCCUGGUGUCGGAUAAAGCAGGACUAGACCUUGUCAUCCCACACCCCUCCUUCUCUGUGGUCGAUGUCGAGAAUUAUGUUGGUUCAGAUCAUGAAGUUGACGUUAUUGACGUACAGCGGCAGACGGACGUAAAGAUGCGUCUGCACGAAUUUAUUGAAUAUUUCCUGAGUCCUGCACGCACGACAGUUCUCAACCUCAUCAGCCUUGAGUUCUCCAAUACAGGGUUAAGCCAGCUCGUCGAGCCCCCAGCCAUCGUACGCAAGCUGUGUUGGGUGAACACCUCAUGGCCGGGUGACCCCCCGCCCCCACCUCCCCUCACCCGCCCCACCGUGUCCAAAUAUUGCCUUAUAGGCGUCGAGAACUCCUAUACUGACUUCCAUAUAGACUUUGGGGGUACCUCUGUGUGGUACCACGUCCUGUGGGGCGAGAAGAUAUUCUACCUCAUCAAGCCAACAGAAGCUAACCUGGUCCUCUACCAGCGCUGGAUGAAAGCCAGCAACCACUCGGAGAUGUUCUUUGCCGACCAGGUGAUAUAUGGUGGUAUAUUAGUGCACAACUACAACAUUGAACUACAACUCAAGAUCUACGAGAUGGAGCUUCUGAUGUGUACCCCCGACAAGUUCCAGUUCCCGCACUACCGCGAGCUGAGCUGGUACGCCGCCCGCCACCUCCUACAGGAGCUCCGGGGGGCCGUGGCCCCUCCUCCUGCCCUCCUACAGGGGGCCCGGGCCCUCUACCAGGUCCUCAGGCACUGGGCCAACCAGGGGCAGAGGCCGGCGGGGGGCGCCUUGUCCCGCGCGCCUGAAGGCGUCAACGCCGCCAAGCUCCUUAAGGAGCUGCAUAAGGAGCUUAGGACUACGGAGAAGCAGGCCGUGGCCCUGCAUCCCCCUCGGCCGGAGCGGGAGUCCAAGCGGCGCAAGAAGAAGUCCACACUUGCGGCGGACUUUGUGGACUACACCAACCUUACGGCCUUCCACUGCGCCAUGGAGGAGCGGGUGGAGGGAGGGAGCAAGACGGACGAGUACGAGUCUGAUGGUCAGGAGGACAAGAUGCUAGUGAAGGGGGGCGGCGCCCCCCAACUGCCCGGGCAUGUACAGCAGCAACAGGUGCACAUCAUCACACAACAGGUGCAGCAACAGGUGGCGACGAAGGUGUCAGUGUCACGGGGUGGGCACAGCGCGGGGUACGCCUUCAGUGUACUGGGUACGUCGGACUACGGCAUGAGUGGUACCCCGCCCCAUGAUCCUGAGUACCCCGCGUACCCCGCCCAGUACCCCGCCAACGUCAAACGUGCCAGCGUGGAGGGCGGCAGCAACGGCGCGCCCCCCACGGCGCCCCCCGCGUACCCCCAGCAGGAGUACGACCCCCUACGCCGGCACCCCGGACCCCUGCCCGCCCUGCACCCCAUGGAGGGUGUGGAGGGCGGCGGGGACGACGACGUGGACGAGGCGGGCGGCGGCCUGAUGAUUGACGAGGCGCCCACCCCCAGACGCCGCCCCGCCCGCCCCCGCCACCAGGACGGCAAGCUUAAACUAGUGGGAGGCGGCGCUGAAGGGGAGCUGCUCUACGGCGCCGGUGACGUCGCUGGGGAGGUGGAGGUGGCGCCCCCCCACCACAACGGCAUCGAGGAGCUGCUGAGGGCGUCCGCCUACGCCCCCGCCGAGUACGGGGGCGCCGCGCCCCCCGAGUAUGGGGGGGUCCAGGGGGGGCAGUGUCUCCGUGUCACCAUUUGUACAACACACCCAAUAAUGUGCCUGAGUGUCUCCGUGUCACCNGAGGGGAUGGUCUUCCCCAAGAGAAGGGAUGGAGGGGAUGGUCUUCCCCAAGAGGGGAGAUGGAGGGGAUGGUCUUCCCCAAGAGAAGGGAUGGAGGGGAUGGUCUUCCCCAAGAGGGGGGAUGGAGGGGAUGGUCUUCCCCAAGAGGGGGGAGAUGGAGGGGAUGGUCUUCCCCAAGAGAAGGGAUGGAGGGGAUGGUCUUCCCCAAGAGGGGGGAUGGAGGGGAUGGUCUUCCCCAAGAGGGGGGAGAUGGAGGGGAUGGUCUUCCCCAAGAGAAGGGAUGGAGGGGAUGGUCUUCCCCAAGAGGGGGGAUGGAGGGGAUGUGGGAGCGGGCGCGCCUCCCCCUCCACGCGGGACGCCAUCGCAGGGAUGCUCAGCAUGAGCAGGGAUGCCAACUACACUGUGACGGGCGGCAGCGUCCAUCAGCUAGCAGGUGGCAAGCGUCAGCUGAUGGUAGGAGGCCAGUUGAUGGCAGGUGGUCGUGUAGUGGCAGGUGGACAGUUGGUGGCAGGUGGCCAGCUGAUGGCAGGUGGCCAGUUGGUGGCAGGAGGACAGUUGGUGGCAAGCAGUUCACCACAAUACCAGCGCCACAGAGUGGCCACCGUCAUGAACAAGUCUGUGGCCCCCAGGAGGUACAUGGAGGAGGACAGCAUCAAGAAAGUCCAUCAGGACGAGGACUACGUUUACCCCACGCUGGACCACUCGGACGACGAAGACUUCCCCGUGUUUAAGCCCCGCGGGAAGAAGAAGGAAGACGAGGCCUGGAACCCCAAGGCGCGGGUGCGGGUGUGGGGCCCGCGACCCGAGCGUCCCGCGCGUCACGGGGCCAAGAAACAGGCGGUGGAGAAGGGGCUCGAGGUGGCGGCUAACAGGAGGAAUAUACAACCGGCGGCUAAGCGCGCGUAUCACCGCAAGAAGGGGCGCGGGGGGCCCCUAGGGUCCCCAGGUAUGGGGGGCCACUCUCUGCUGUCCUCCCCGUCGGGGGGUUGUGGCCCCUCAUCGCUGCCCCCCGGGAGCGGGGGGGCGGCGCUCCACCUCAGCAGUUCAGGGUCGGCGGGGGCGGGGGGCCACGGGGGGCACCACAGACCCAAGAAGGGCAUGGCAACCGCCAAGCAGAGGCUCGGCAAGAUACUUAAGAUACAUAAGAUGAUCUACUAGUUCAUCUACAAGCGACUAGUGCAUCUACUAGUGACUAGUUCAUCUACCUGCGACUAGUGCAUCUACUAGUGGUCAGUGCAUCUACUAGUGGUCAGUGCAUCUACUAGUGGCCGUGUUGCGUCCACAAGAUGAUCUACUAGUUGAUCUACUAGUGACUGGUGCAUCUACUACCGGCCGUGUUGCGUCCACAAGAUGAUCUACCAGCGACUAGUGUAUCUACUAGUUGCUAUCUACUAGUGACCAUUAGAUCCACUAGUGCGGAUCUAGAAACAAGUCCGCUAGGAGAAGAUAAAUUCAUUUGCAGGACAUGUAAAUAGAAUAAUCUAUUAAGAUGACCUAAUAUAGUCAAGAUCAUGUGACUCACCCUGGGUAAACAAGGUGGGUCAGACUAACUCACCCACGCCCACGCUGUAAGCUCCGAAUUAUCACAGCUCGCCGGGAUUUGAACCUCCGACUCGUUGCUCCAUCCAUAGAGUUCGUUUUCUGACCGACUUUGUUGCCUAACGAUUUCACUUAUUAAAUUUAUUGCAGAGUACAUUUUUCUUUUGAAAACUUGUCUUUCUUUGAACAUUUAAAUGAUUUGAAUCUUGGUUGCCACCAGAGUUCAAUGGGUACAACUGACCUAAGUGAUAUAUAUUUUUGUCGAACUUGUAAUGUGUUAUUUCAGAUAUUCGUGCUAGUGAAGUGCAGUAGCAGUAGUAGUACUUGUACCACUACUGCACCAGCAGCAGUAGCUAGUUACUACCACUACUGCACCAGCAGCAGUAGCUAGUUACUACCACUUCACUAUUCGCGCCAUUAUUCACACCAGCGACGGGCGAUAAAUGUUUCAUUAAAUUCAUGAUAAAUAUCCAUUUAGCUUCAUCAAAAUCAAUAAACCCUAACUAUUAUGUUUAUAUAAAUGCAUGAUAAAUAAUUAUUAAGUUGAGUACAAUGCCUGGUUAUAACCAUUAGGUCCAUUAUCAUUCAUGAUCUACAACCAUUGUGUUCAUAAAAUUCCUUGAUGCAUAACCAUUAUGACUAUUACAUGGAUGAUCAUUAACCAUUAUGGUGAUGCAGGAGCCAGGAACUGUACAUAAUGAUGUAUUAUAUAACUAUUUCUGAAUAACAUGUAUUAUAAAGCUAUGUAUAAUAACGCUCUUCUUAAGGUAGUGCUUCGAUAUUAGCUUUUAUUUUGUCUAUUGCGGGGACGUCAGCUCAGUUUCAAUGCAAAUAUUAUCUUUGAUUAUAUCAUUAUUAAUAUUAUUUAGGGUGAGGGCAAAGUGAGGGAAAUGUGAUGAAAAUGUUAAUUGUGAGGGAAAAAACAAGGGAAAUUUUAAUAGUGAAGGAAAAUGUGUUGAAAAUAGCCAAUUAUUUUUAAAAUGUGAUAAGUAAACUAUACUCUUGUGGCUUUCUUACACUUCAGUUAUCUUAUUGUAAUUGCGUUAUGAUUAUCAUCGGUUUCGUUUUAUUAUAGUUUGCUGAAACUCGGCGUGUAACGUUCUGUUUUACUUCCAUUAUAAUAUCAACAACACUGCGGUGAACACUUUGACUAUGUUGAACAUGUUGUGUUGAAUAUUUUGAACACGUUUAAUAAUAUCAUGUUGAACAUGUUGAUAUUAAUAUGUUGAACAGGUUGAACUACUUUUCUCGUUGCUAUGCCCUCGGAACGAUAUCAGCAAUUGACUUUACCCUCAUUUAACCCUCAUUUUACUUCCAUUGAAUCGCUUUAUAACUUCGUCGUGACACGGAAUUUUUACUAUAAAAAUGUGCUUGUUUUGCGCUCUGAGAAAAAUGGUGAAUAUUUUUUGUUUACAUUUCUCCUAGAUUUUUUAUAGCGGAAUUCUUGUUGCUGUGAAAAGUGUGAAUUUAGUUUAGUUUCUCUCAUUAUUUAGUUGAGUUACGUUCUUCUAUUUUGUAUCACGCAAGGAAAUUGAAUUAUUUGUUGAAAAGACGUGCAUCUGGCAACAUGAAAUUAAA